AUGAUUUUUUCUCUCGUGCACCCACAAUAUCGUAUAAUAGAUCCACCUUUUGACAAAUUUACUCUAGAAAAGAAGGAAUUCUUCAGAAAAACACUAAGUUAUUUAUCUUAUCCUCCAUUUGAAACCAGACAAACAGAAUUUAAACUAAGGGAAGUUGCAAUCCAAUGCAAACAUAUAAAUUUCGUUAUCUCAGGCCAUAUUGUUUCGCGUCUCCAACUCGUGAGUCGUCAGUUCAUUCAAAAGAUGUUUCUUUACUUCGACAUGACACUGUUUACCGAUCAAGAAAAGGAAGAAUGUGCUAAAACAAUCGCAGCAGUUUCUAACGACGUCAAGAUUAAAGCAGAUGAAUUGAUUUCAAACUACGAAAAGUAUGUCAACCCAAUCUAUUACCUUUGGUAUUGCUCGUUUUUAGUGAAAGAUUAUUUAAAUGAUUGUGUCUUAGAACUCUACAAAUAUACGAAAGAUUUCAUAGAAUGCAUACAAAAUGGGAUCAAUCUUAUCUGGACCAAAUAUCGAAGUAAAGUUUUUUUAGAUAAACGUUAUUGGAAAGGUAAUUUUAGCAAUCUAUUUAGAGAAUACGACAAAUUCUCUGUCAAACCUGAUAGUUUUCCACCAAUAUAUUUCGGCAAAAUUAUUGAUUUGCAAAAGCGCGCAGAUCUGAAAGGAAUACCUAUAUAUUGUACUCUUGUUGAAGAAGAAGAAACUUUCAUAAUAAAACCGCACACUGAAAAUUGUCAAGAGAUUAAAAGAUUGCCGCCUUUUUCCAAUUUUGCUCAAUUUUAA